CCUCUUGCAGCAGCAGCAGCAUCACUUGCCUGUGGAUAACAUACUGUUUCACAUACCGACCUCUGCAGUGAUUUCUCAGGAUAUCCAGCGGAUCCACUAAUGUUUGAUUGCUGGACUGAAGCUGACAAAAAGAAAAAACUAAAAACAGAAUAAUGAGCAAAAAAAAAAUCAGGAUGCAGAGGUUUAAAUAAUAUCUGAUGCUGCCUGUUAAAGUGUGAAACAAGUGGAAAGGAACUAAAUCCGUUGAAGAUGUAUCUCGAGCCACAAGGCUAGAAUUAUAUACCCAGAUGUUCCUGCUUUUGUGCUGAUGAUGACAAAAGCCAAAAAAGACUUACAAAAGAAUAUUUACUUCAAACAAUGGAAUUACCCAAACUGCAAAAGAAAGAAGAUUAAAUACAAUUUGAAGUAUUUCUUUGAAGACUAAUGAACAUAUACAGAGAGCCAAAUAAGUAUCAAACUUUGUCUAUGUACUAAUAUGUUGAUUUUACUGGCCAAAGACAUGGUCAAAGUAAUUAGAAGAUGGUCAACUGAAAACACAGCCUAGAAGAAUCCAGAAAAAAAUGGCUUCAAAGGUCUCUUGUUUAUACAUAUUGACAGUUGUUUGUUGGGCUAGUGCUCUGUGGUACCUAAGCAUUACUAGACCAAAUUCUUCCUACUCUGGUCAUAGGGUGGGAAACGUGCUCAUAGCUCAUAAAAAUAUUUCAUUUGGCAAUAUCAGAACUCGACCCAUAAACCCUCAUUCUUUUGAGUUUGUAAUAAAUGAGCCUGAGAAGUGUGAAAAUAAUGGCAGCCCAUUCUUAGUUAUCCUUAUAAGCACAACACAUAAGGAAUUUGAUGCAAGACAAGCAAUUCGAGAAACAUGGGGUAAUGAAAGCAACUUCAAAGGAAUUAAAAUUGUGACACUCUUUCUGCUAGGAAAAAAUUCAGACCCUGUUCUAAAUCAAAUGGUUGAGCAAGAAAGUCAGAUCUUUCAUGACAUUGUUGUAGAAGACUUUAUUGAUUCCUACCAUAAUCUCACUCUCAAAACGUUAAUGGGAAUGAGGUGGGUGGCUACAUUUUGCUCAAAAGCAAAGUAUGUUAUGAAAACAGACAGUGAUAUUUUUGUAAAUAUGGAUAAUCUGAUUUAUAAGCUACUGAAGCCUACCACAAAGCCUAGAAGACGAUACUUUACUGGCUAUGUCAUCAAUGGAGGUCCUAUUAGGGAUGUUCGCAGUAAAUGGUACAUGCCACGAGAUUUAUACCCAGACAGUAAUUACCCACCAUUUUGUUCAGGAACAGGUUAUAUUUUCUCUGCUGAUGUGGCAGAGCUUAUUUACAAAACAUCUCUCCAUACCAGACUUUUGCAUCUGGAGGAUGUAUAUGUUGGACUUUGUUUACGAAAGCUUGGUAUUCAUCCCUUUCAAAACAGUGGCUUCAAUCAUUGGAAAAUGGCCUACAGCUUGUGUAGGUAUCGUAGAGUAAUCACAGUGCAUCAAAUUGGUCCUGAAGAAAUGCACAGGAUUUGGAAUGACAUGUCAAGCAAGAAGCAUCUUAGAUGUUAACAGUUUCCAGUUUAUUUAUUUUUUCUUAAUUGGAAGGGGUGAAGGAUACUUUGAUAUGCUUGUUAACCAAGUAUACAAGAAACCUUUACAUUUUUUUACUGUAAACUUUUUUCACAUUUGCUUGUAUAUAUAGAUUUGGAAGUCCAGUUAGAACUUAUCAGCAACAUGAUGUAAUUGUGACAACAUUAUGCUAAUUCUUGUUUUGAAUGAAGUAUUUUGGACAUUUGUGAAGCAGUAAUGACCAAGACAUACAUAUAUUGCUGUUUUUGUAUCUGAACUGAGGAUCUGAAGAUUCAUCUGCUCUGUGCAUAUGUAACAACAGAUUUGUAUUCAUAUAUGUAGACUCAUUCUGUAAUAGGGCAAAACAUUACAGGUUUUCCAUAGGAUUUAUUUUCAGCAAUCAAAAAAUCAUAUCACAACUUAAGUGUAAUAAUGUAUGUAACAUAUCUUGGUACCUGGUAAACCUAAUAAUGCCUUGUUAGCAAAUGAAGCUGAUACUGUAUCUUUAUUAUAUCCAUUAGAAAACAUAUUUCUGCAGAAAACCAUACAUUAUAUCUCACUAAUAUGAAAAUGCUGGGCAUUUUGAGUGCCUUGCUAUAGCUCAGUUCAGAUACUGGAAACAACAAAUAAACAAGCAGUGUAAAUGAUUAACAUGUUCCCUGCAUGCCAAACUGCCCUAUUUUGUAGGCAAACCUCCUGUUACUGGGCCAAUCUGAUUUCACUUGUGGACUCUCUCUCAUUUACAUAGAGACUGUUAAAGUAAGACACUCUUCUUCCUCCCCUCUGAGGCUGAGCCUGUUAUGCACAUUAAGUACAUCUGCACACACUAGAUUAUUUUCGCCUGCAGUAUCUUUGAAAAACAAGAAUGUGUAAUGAUAUAACUGAAGUACAAAGGUAUAAAAUUUACUAUAUUCUGUGGUUAAACUAUUUGUAAAAAGUCUUUCUGUUUACAUAAAGGAAAUGCUGUCAAGUAUGGUAAAGGAAUAUCUGGGAAACUCCCAUGUACCACACUUGGUCAUAUUAAUUAUUUUAGAUAAUUAAGAAAGUUCCUGAGCUUGUUCAUCAAAACAUUUUUUGUUUGUUUAAUUUUUUUUAAUAAAAAGCUUAAAGGGACACUGAACCCACAUUUUUAUUUCGUGAUUCAGAUAGAGAAUGCAAUUUAAAGCAACUUUCUAAUCUACUCCUAUUAUCAAUUUUUCUUCAUUCUCUUGCUAUCUUUAUUUGAAAAAGAAGGCAUCUAAGCUAAGGAGCCAGACAUUUUUUGCUUCAGAUCCUGGACAGCACUUGUUUAUUGGUGGGUGAAUUUAUCCACCAAUCAGCAAGUACAACCCAGGUUGUUCAUCAAAAAUGGGCCGGCAUCUAAACUUACAUUCUUGCUUUUUAAAUAAAGAUACUAUAAUAGGAGUAAAUUAUAAAGUUGCUAAAAAUUCCAUGCUCUAUCUGAAUCAUAAAAGAAAAAAAUUUGGGUUCAGUGUCCCUUUAAUUAUUUUCCCACUGAGAGUUAAAUCCAAUGCAUAAAGCAUAGCAUAACUGAUUACCACAUCUGUUAGAGUUAAGUAUAAAAGUGUGUGAAUCAUUGCUUUAUAAUAGAAAGGAGUCAUCAGUCUUUCAAAAGGCUAAUUAAAAAAUAUUGGAUAUAUUAAAAACAAAUUUAUUCUAUGUAUGUACGUUCACUACAUGGAACCGUCCAUCUCUUAAGGCUUAAUAUUGUGGAUUUAUUGUAUGCCUCUUGCCAUUGACUGAAUAAUGUGUUUAGCAAGCUCCCAGUUGUUUAUUUCCGCUUGAAGGAAAUUUGCUAAUACAAGUAAAUUGGAUAGUUGUUUAAUAGGCAUGUGUAAUUGUAAGGAAAAAUUAAUAUUUGUUUUGUUUUCACAAAUGAAUAUCUAAACAAAUGCACCAACUACAUUUAAAGAAAUACUGCAAAAAUUCAUCAGUAUUUAUUCAUUUUCUUUAAAUUACCUGUAGGGGUAAAUAUAUUUACCUCUAGCAUGCUGGAGAGCCGUGCUAACCCCAACACUUCUUCUUAGAGCCCUGCUCUAAUAGGAAACUUAGUGCAGCAGAUCCCAGGACGUACGUGAAAGAAGAAGGUCCUUUAGCCUCCUAUUAACGUGGCCUGGGGCUCUAAGAAGAAGGCUCGGGAUUAGUGCACUAGAGUUAAUUAUAACAGACAGGUCAACAUUUUCAUCUGUAGCAAAGGAACAUUUACAUUUCUUUAGCAAAAGCCAAUGUAAAUGUUCCAUGAAUAUUCAGUAUUCAAUACCAAAUAGUGCAGCAGAUGAAUAUUCGGGGAAACUAAUUUCCCUGAAUAUUCAUUCUAAAACAUUCAGACAAGCCAUUUUUUUUAAUGCUGCACGUUUAUUGUUUAAAAUUGUUUGCUCUAUCUGAUUCAUGAAAGAAACAUUUUGGAUUUCAUGUCCUUUUAGUCUCUGCAUCUUUCUGGUGAAUUGCUGUCAUAAAUGUAUUUCAAUUGUUGCUGCUAUAAGUCCAUUAAAAGGAGAUUAAGCAAUUAGCCACUGCAUUGUAAAAAUAACAUAAAAUCAGUUAACACUAUCAUUUUAUAAGCACAAUUUAGAAAUUGAGAGGAGUUCAUGUAUAUUCCUCUUGGAACGCUUGGUAGUCUUCUUAGCUAUGACCAAUUAGAAUUGUAUAAAAAUGAGCUUGUGAUCAGAGUUAACCAAUCAGUUUGUAGAAAAUUGAAGGCUCAGAUAAAUUUCCCUUUAGCUAACUAUGAUGGAGGCACUCCAGAUUAUCUGAGAAAAAAAAAAAAGGAAAAAUAACACUUUCAGAGAUAUUUCACAAUCAAAACAGGCAAAAUAAAUGAUGAAAGUAUAAAGUAACGCUGUUUUAUUUUUUUUAAUUAAAUAUUUUGGGCAUGAUUAUAAGUGGAGCGCUAAUGUAUUGCAUGUUAAAUAACCAGCCAUUACAAGUGCUCUUAAAAAAUGAAUGUGCCCCAAAUGCCUCCAAAAUAGUGGUGUGUAUUCUAUUAAAAUGAAUAAUAUAAUAAUAUUAAUAAAAUAACUGCACUAGGCAGUUUUGGGGGGCUAAAAUUGGCGGGUGUGGGGUGUUAGAAAAAAACGGCACUGAAAAGGGUCUUUACACUACGUCUAUGGUAACUGUGUGUUCCCAUAGACUGCUUUGUAAAUAUAUAUGUAUAUGAUCAUACCCCCUUUGCUGCGCCAGUUCUUAUGCCGUGUCUCACAGCAUGAGAACAAGGCUCUCAUUGGAGCCUAUGGAAGCGUGCGCUCUCAUGAGCGCAAUGCUUCCCAGCAUAUGAGAACGUGAGCUUGCAUUCACAAUGCUGUCAACCUGCAAUUUUUUGGGGAAUAAUUUUUAUUAGAUAGUGUUAUUAUGAGUGUUACUGUACUUUGUAAUGUAUUUUUGAUGAGUUUUGUGACACUUUUUAGUUUUGCAAACAGUUAUGCAGAGCUCUGAGGGCGCAUUAAUGAUUCUAGCAUAAAUCACAAUUGCAAUCAAUCAAUCUCAAUCGAUCUCUUUUACUUUCAACUUGUAAUACGCACUCAAACACCCACAAUAAACCCCUUUUCUCUCAUGCGUAACUGUUAACGUGCCACUCGUAAUCUGGUCUAAAAUGUUUAUUUAUGCUUAAUUAUCAAAAUUAUAUAUAGUUCUAUUAUAUAUUUUGCCUGCUUUACCUGUAAUUUAAUUCUAAAAAUGACAGUGUUGUCGUCCCCCCAAUAGAGGAUAGAGCCCAUUCCCUGUAAUGUAGAAGCUCGCCUCCCUACAUGCUGCUGUACAGUGAUUCAUUGAAAUGUGCAGGAGCAUGUUUAUUAUAUGUUCUUAAUUGGCAACAGCAAAGGAAUUAAGGUAAAUGACAUUCAACUUGCUUUAAGGGGCGUGUAAUAAGACGGAAAACAAUGCACAUUUUGCUAAACAAAUUACAGUUUUAAGUGCUUCAAAAACAAUUUUUAAUGCAGAUCUUUUGCAGUGCGAUAAAUAUUUUCUGAUGCACAAAUAAACAGGGGACUUUAAUGUUCAUUUAAUGUCCCUUUAAAUGAAUGAGCUGUGCUAUGUUCUGCUUUGCUCAUUGGUCCUUUGCCAGUCCCAGUACAACCACUAUAUAUGUGCACUAGAUCAGACUUCCUCAAACUUGACCCUCCAGAGGUUUUGGAACUACAUUUCCCAUGAUGCUCAACCAGCAUAUCAGCUGGCUGAGCAUCUUGGGAAAUGUAGUUCCAAAAUCUCUGGAGGGCCAGGUUUGAGGAUGUCUGCACUAGAUCAUACUUGCCAACUCUAACAAUUUUCCUGGGACAGUCCAGUCCUGUUUGCCUCCUGUCCCAUGGUAAUACCCAGCUUUGUAAAAAUCUACCCUGAGGUGUGAGCUUGGCGUGGAAACCUGAGGGAAAGAGAAAUAAGGUUUUGUUGGUGUUAUGCUGCACUGGACAUUAGCAUAGAAGCGUAGUAAAGUUAUAAAUAUAAUUUGGUGAUUAGAAUCUAGAAUUGUCUACAACUUAUAAAUUAGAUUAAAAAAAAUAUUUUUUGUGUGUUGUGUGCAAUUUAUCCAAAUAUUUUUUGUGUGAAUCGGUGAAAACUCCUGUGCUUAUCUGAUUGCUCUGCUUCAAAGUUCUUGGAAAUUAUUUUCAAAUGUUGGCGACUAUGCACUGUAUAUAUAGAAAUUGGAGAAACAGUAUUAAUGAUAAUUGUUAUGAACUAGAUGUAACAAUUAAGUUUCUAUUUAAGAGCUUUAUUACGGUAGCGUGCCAUUCAAAAUAGGCCUCUCAUUACCUAAGUAUAACCCACAGAAAGGGUGAAACAAAUAAUGAUACAGUUUAUUGAUUAUUUGGAAUUCAGGAUAACUUUUCUCCAGAGGAGUUUUAAAAUAAUUAGCAUCAAUAGUGAAUUGUGGAUAUUUUAUAAUAAAAACUGUAGUAUCAUUAUAUUAAGGAUUUCUGAAGACAGAUUUCUUGGGAGAUUAAAUCAUCUGGUUAUUG